AUGGUUGCCUCCUCUACUUCUACUAUGUCGACGGCCGCUUCGACGUCCGCAGGCGUCGAUGUCAAGAAGCCGCCUCCUGUCAUGACGAUGGAUGUCCCUGCGGCUGCUACUCGGCCCACGCUCGACCUGCCAGAGAGCCUACGCUGUGCCGACUUGCCCGGCGUCAUCCACGAAGAGGACGAAGAGUCUGCCACCGAGCCCUCUGAGCCAGUCACCCCGACCAGCCUCACCCACAAUCACAACCUGUUCAGCGGUCCUCACCACUACCAGUAUCAGCAGCAUCCUCGAAUUGACCCGCCCAGCAGAGAUCCCAUGGUCAAUGUCAAUAUGCCGGUCGAGGUGCUCAAGAACCCCAUCAUCGUAAACACCGAGCCUACUCCCCCAUCCACUCCAUCUAGACAGCCUCCCGCCACUGCUACUUCUGCUCCACGAGACUCGACUUCUUCUACUUCUGCUGCUACCUCUGCUCCAAGAAAUUCAACUUCUUCUGCUGCUGCUCCGGUGGCUAUUCCACCUCGACCGUCGACUUCGGCCUCUCAGAAAUCUUCUCCGUUGCGAAAGGCGUCCAAAUCGCUCAAGAGCAUCUUCCGCCGACCAAGCAGCUCCUCCGACGCCAUGCCUCCUCCUCCGACUCCCACCACCGCUACUCCUGCUCCUGCUCCUAUUGCUGCUCCUGCUGCUGUGAACUCCAACGUCAAUGACGCCAAUGCCGUUCCUGCAGCUCCUACCGACAAAAAGAAAUUAUCAUUGAACAUGUUCCAGGCCAGCAACGCUCGCAAGGGCUCUCUCUCGUCCUCGCACCAGCACUCGCCCACCUCGUCCCGGACCAACUCGCCCCAGUCGCCCAGCUCUCCCUCCAGCACGAUCCAUGGCACCAGCCAGAACCCGAUGUUCCUCGGAGUCACUCCUCCGUCGGACUCGUCCUUCUCUCCCAGACAACCAGCUCGCUCGUCGACCGGUUUCAGCCUCCGAGAACGCAGCCGAGUCAUGUUCGGAGCAACCCCUCGCCCCCAGCGCGAAGACGAGGAUCAGCGCAUCCGAUCUCCCAGUCUCGGAGACGUGCAGAACCAGCCCGAACGCCCUGGCUUCUCGAUCCCUGCAGUUUCAGGCGCCGGACUCAAGGCCCGCCGCAUGAGCACCAGCCUGCCGGACGACUUUGACGUCAACACCUGCACCCUUGCAGACGAGUACACCAAUAGCAGCAAGCUGCCCGGUAAGCGCAAGGAGGUCGGCCGGGGCGCCACGGCCACCGUUAAGAUCAUGUGUCGACGCGGCAGCGACAAGUCCGAGCUCUUUGCCGUCAAGGAGUUCCGCAAGUGCGGCUCGAAGGAGGACAAGCACGAGUACGAGCAGAAGGUUAAGUCCGAGUUCUCCAUCGCCCAGUCGCUGCACCAUCCGAACAUCGUCGAGUCGUUCCGUCUCUGCACCAGCAACGGCCGCUACAACCACGUGAUGGAGUACUGCUCGUACGGCGAGAUCUUCUCGCUCGUCCAGAAGAACUACCUGCAGCCCAAGGACAACCACUGCUUCUUCAAGCAGAUGGUCCGCGGCGUCGCUCACCUGCACGACAACGGCAUCGCCCACCGCGACAUCAAGCUCGAGAACCUGUUGCUGUCCGACGACGGCUACAUCAAGAUCACCGACUUUGGCGUCUCAGAGGUGUUCUCGGGACUGCACCCUGGUCUACGCAGCUCCGGCGGCGAGUGCGGCAAGGAGAUGGGCGAGGUCCGACUCUCCUCUCCCGGCAUCUGCGGCUCUCUACCCUACAUCGCCCCGGAGGUCCUAGCGAAACAGUCCAGCUACGAUCCCCGCCCGCUCGACGUCUGGUCCUGCGCCAUCGUCUAUCUGACUCUACACUUCCGCGGCAACCUCUGGCCCUCCGCCAACCGCGAACACUCCAACUACGCCCGCUUCAUGACCGGCUGGGACAAGUUCCUCGCUGCCUCUGAGACCGGCAUCCCGUCCGAAGAGAAGAUGCCCUCCUGCGGUCCUGCCUUCAAGCACGUCGGCAACCGCAACCUGAAACUGCUUCUUCUCAAGAUGCUUCACCCGGACCCAGCCAAGCGCAUCACCAUCAAGGACGUCCUCGCCGACCGCUUCAUGAAGAGCGUCGAGUGCUGUGCUCCCGAGAGCAGACAGGGCGAGGAGAAGAUGGAGUCCAUGGUCGCUGCCGGCAUCGACGCGGCAGGCAAGUCGUCCUCGAAGCUGGCGAGCAAGAUGGUCGUGCAGAAGAUCCACCACCACUUCCCGCCGGAGAAGAAGUAUCUGCCCCAGUACCGCUUUGACAUGGGCGACGGAUACAACUGA